UGUGUGUGAAGUGUUGUCAAGCAUGUUGUCAUCUCUGCUUGGCUUGAGUUGUUUCGACGACAUCCGGCGACUCAACUGGCGCCAGGGGUUGUACCAGGUGCUCAACUUCGCCAUGGUAGUCUCCUCCGCUCUCAUGAUGUGGAAGGGACUCAUGGUGCUGACGGGCAGUGAGUCGCCUAUUGUAGUGGUCCUUAGUGGAUCCAUGGAGCCAGCAUUUCACAGGGGUGACCUGCUGUUCCUCACGCAUUACGAGGAUUCGCCUAUUAGAGUUGGAGACAUCACAGUGUUCCGCAUCGAAAACCGUGACAUUCCGAUAGUUCACCGAGUGAUCAAGGUACACGAAAACAACACUGGUUACGUCAAGUUCCUUACCAAGGGAGACAACAACAAAGUCGACGACAGAGGCCUCUACGCAGAAGGCCAGCUAUGGCUAGAAAAGAAAGACGUUUUAGGCAGAGCACGUGGGUUUGUGCCCUACGUGGGAAUAUUCACAAUCCUCAUGAAUGACUACCCCCAGCUGAAGUACUGUGUGCUCACAUUGCUAGGUCUCUUCGUACUCCUACACCGUGAAUAGCAGUCGACCAUUUCAUGUCAGCAAUUCAUUCACACGCAGUUUAAUAAGUGCGCACUGUGAACAAAUGCAUAUCCGAUUGUUCCACCAUCACUUACAAAAUCAAACUGUUUUUUUUUUGGAAAAAUAAAAAUAGAGAAAAGUAGGUAAUCGGGUGAACCGUCGGAUAUGUAUGUUAGCCUCAAUGUUAAAUCUGCUACGAGCAAAGCUAAACUAGAACUGGAUGGGGGCUUCUUCAAUUAUCAGUCGUUUUGGCCCUCGAAUUUCAGAGAGUUAAUGUAAUCAAGUAUAAAUUAUGUUUGAAUGAUUUUUAUUUAUUUUUGCUCUUGAUUAUCAAGGUGCAACUUCAGUGUUUCCUCAGUGUUUUUGCUUUAAUUGUUUAUUAUAUUGACUUGUGUAGUUUUGGUUCAUAUGGUUUUGAGAAAUGAAUUCUAACGAAAA